CCUCACCUGGUUUAGUCGGCCGGUUGAAACCAUUCCUGGGAUUGUGGUCCCCGUUACAUGCUGACAGCUUCUAGAAGCCACAGACAGGAUCUCCUUUCCUCCGACUCAAAAGAAGGUGAUGGAGACGACAGUCAGAAUUCCAGGGGAUGGGGCACUUUCGUUUCAUUAGGAAUAGAAAUUAAAUGUGUGAAAUGUGCAAUAUGCUUCAAUGAAUGAGCACACAUAGUUCACAUCAAUGACCUCCAACAGGGGAGAAAUCACUUAAAGUUAUGGAGAGUGGGAAAUGUUUCACUGAUAGUGGAAAACUUAGAACACAUCAGCGGACACAAAUGGGCAAGAAAAGAUUCCAAUACAGGGAGUGUGGGAAGAACUUCAGUCAGAGUGGACACCUCAAUAUACACCAGCGGACUCACACAGGGGAAAAACCAUUUAAAUGCAUGGAGUGCGGAAAGAGCUUCAGUAAGAGUGGAAACCUAAGUUCACAUCAACGGAUUCACACAGGUGAAAAACCAUAUAAAUGCAUGGAGUGUGGAAAAAGCUUCAGUCAGAGUGGAAACCUCAAUAAGCAUCAGCAGAUUCACACAGGUGAAAAACCAUAUAAAUGUAAGGAGUGUGGAAAGAGAUUCAGUUUCAAUGCAAAGCUUAGAUCACAUCAACAGACUCACACAGGAGAGAAACCAUAUAAAUGUAUGGAAUGCGGAAAGAGCUUCACUUUCAGUGCAUCCCUUAGAACCCAUCAACGGACUCACACAGGGGAAAAACCAUAUAAAUGCAUGGAGUGUGGAAAAUGCUUUAGUCAGAGUGGGCACCUCAAUAAACAUCAACGGAUUCACACAGGUGAAAAAUCAUAUAAAUGUAAGGAUUGUGGAAAGAGCUUCAGUAAGAGUGGAUACCUUAGGAAACAUCAACAGAUUCACACAGUUGAAAAACCAUAUAAAUGUAAGGAGUGUGGAAAGAGCUUCAGUUUCAAUGCAAAACUUAGAUCACAUCAACGGACUCACACAGGAGAGAAACCAUAUAAAUGUAUGGAAUGCGGAAAGAGCUUCAGUCAGAGUGGACACCUCAGUAUGCAUCAACAGACUCACACGGGAGAAAAACCUUUUAAAUGCAUGGAGUGUGGAAAAAGCUUCAGUCAGAGUGGAAACCUAAGUUCACAUCAACGGACUCACAUGGGUGAGAAACCUUUUAAAUGUAUGGAGUGUGGAAAGAGCUUCAGUGUGAGUGGAGAACUCAAUAAACAUCACCAGACUCACACAGGGGAGAAACCAUUUAAGUGCAUGGAGUGUGGAAAAAACUUCAGUAAGAGUGGAUACCUUAGGAAACAUCAACGGAUUCACACAGGUGAAAAACCAUUUAAAUGUAUGGAGUGUGGAAAGAGUUUCCGUCAGAGUGGACACCUCAAUAUACAUCAACGGACUCACACAGGGGAGAAACCAUAUAAAUGUUUGGAGUGUGGGAAGAGCUUUAUUGGAAGUGGAAGCUUAAGACAUCAUCAACGGACUCACACAGGGGAGAAACCAUAUAAAUGCAUGGAGUGUGGAAAGAGCUUCAGUAAGAGUGGACAACUCAAUGAACAUCACCAGACUCACACAGGGGAGAAACCAUUUAAGUGCAUGGAGUGCGGAAAGAGCUUCUGUCAGAAUAGAGAACUUAAAUUACACCAGCGGACUCACACAGGGGAGAAGCCAUAUAAAUGUACGGAGUGCGGAAACAGCUUCCGUUUCAGUGCAAGUCUUAGAUCACAUCAACGGACUCACACUGGAGAGAAACCAUAUGAAUGUAUGGAGUGUGGAAAGAACUUCAGUCAGAAAGGACACCUUAGAACACAUCAACGGACUCACACAGGGGAGAAACCAUAUACAUGUACGGAUUGCGGAAAGAGCUUCAGUUUCAAUGCAAAACUUAGAAUCCACCAACGGACUCACACAGGGGAGAAACCAUAUAAAUGUACGGAGUGUGGAAAGAGCUUCUCUGUCAGUGGACAACUGAAUAAACAUCACCAGACUCACACAGGGGAGAAAUCAUUGAAGUGCAAGGAGUUUGGAAAAACCUUCACUCAAAGUGGAAAUCUGAGAAAACAUCAGCAGACACAUAGGGAAGUAACCUUUUAA